GCGGCGCGAUGACGCCAUCACCGCGCGCCGCCGCUCCCCGCCCGCCGCCGCCGCCGCCGGAACCGGAGGAACCGGAGCCGCCCCCGCACAUGCGCAGAGCGGGCGCCCGGCGGCCCGGGCCUCGCUCCGCCCGGGCCCGGCGCGGCCAUGGGCACCACGAUCAGCUCCUGGGCAGAGAGCUGUGAGUUUGUGAAGCGCCUCAGCAGUUUCUGCUGCUCUUCCUAGAAGGCGUCCCAGGAAAGCUUCACUCUCUUGUUCCAAGAAUUCGGUGGCACCCCAGAACGGCAGCGACCUGCCGCGUUGGAUGGCAGCAGCCCUAAAAUGUGUCUCAGCCCGGGCUUAGCUGCGCCGUGUCCCGCUGCCUCCUGAUAUGUGUCCCGCUGCCUCCUGAUAUGUGUCCCGCUGCCUCCUGAUAUGUGUCCCGCUGCCUCCUGAUAUGUGUCCCGCUGCCUCCUGAUAUGUGCCCCGCGGCUGGCGGCCUGGGGCGGGCAGCGCGGGGCCAGGCCCGAUGCCGGUGAUCCCCAUUCCCCGGCGGGUGCGCUCGUUCCACGGCCCGCACACCACCUGCCUGCACUCCGCCUGCGGCCCCGUGCGCAGCGCGCACCUGGUGCGCACCAAGUACAACAACUUCGACAUCUACCUGAAGUCGCGAUGGAUGUACGGCUUCAUCCGCUUCCUGCUGUACUUCAGCUGCAGCCUCUUCACCUCCAUCCUCUGGGUGGCUCUCUCGAUCUUGUUUUGCCUUCAGUACCUCGGCAUCCGCAUCUUCCUGCGCUUCCAGUACAAACUCUCCAUCAUCCUGCUCCUGCUGGGGCGGAGGCGGGUGGACUUCAGCCUCAUGAAUGAACUGCUCAUCUACGGGAUUCAUGUGACCAUGCUGCUGGUGGGAGGGCUGGGCUGGUGUUUCAUGGUCUUUGUGGAUAUGUAAAUAAAACCAAGCGCAUGUGGGAUCAGGAGGUGACUUUUCUUCUAGCCCCAAAAUGUGUCAAUAUCCUCUUCUCUCUCUCUUUUUUUUUUUUUUCUAAUAUAAAUUAAUUUAUUUCUCCGUGGUAA